AUGUUCGUUCGCCUUAUACCGCCACGCCUACAGUGCCGCCGGCGUGCGACUGUCCGCGCGGUACUCGGAUGCACAAUCGCCUUGGCCAUCUGCGUUGGCAGAGUGACUGCGACUGCGACUGCGGAUGAGAAUGCCCUGCCAGAUCCCUCAACCCUGGCCUCCACAAGUCAUGGCCAAUUCCUCUUCGGUGAGGCUAGUCCGGAAUUCGCUUUCCCACUCGCAGAAUACAACGGCUUGGAGUUCGAAGAUGCGGUAGACGAAGAGGGAGAUACGCGCGGACUCGACUUGGUUCGCCGGGCUCCCACUGGGGUGACAUCCCUCGGAAAUAAUCAGUAUCAAAAUGGCACUCUCAAGAUGGGCGAGACGGAGUGGUGGUAUUUCCCCGUGAAUGGCGAUGAGACCAAUAGCACCUCUGAGAAUAAGCGUCGCGAUCUUUCCAAGCGUUCCACCACCGUUUAUUUGUCCCUCACGGCAUGCUCGAAGCCCAGCCACAACAGCUCGGAUUCCACUAGCACAGCGGCCGUACCGCAGCUGACAGUCUACGCAUCUGAAUUGAUAGAGAAGCCUGGGCCUGACAAGUCCGAGUCCGACCAGACAAUCAAAUCAGCGGAGGAGGGCUAUGUGGGCAUGACCCUUACGGCGAAUGGUGAUGUCUAUGUCGGAGUGACAGCUCCUAAUAGCACUGAAUAUUCUGGUUCUUUCACCUACCAGAUUGCGGCCUCGACAGAUGCUUAUUUUCAUAGCGUCGACGAGAGCGAUCAGUUCAUGUUCUUAGUUGAUUCGGACACUGGAGCAGCGCUUCUGACGACGAGAAAUCUCACCACCACCGAUCUUACGUCACAGAACUACAGUUCCUGGAUGGACAGGACUCCUCCAUACACAAUGUUCGCCAACAACAUCAACAGUUCGUCUAUCUCUGGCUUAGAACGGUCAUUCUGCGCUCUCGAUACGCUGGCGCAGAUUGGGAAGAGCAAAGUUGAGGCGAGCCUCACCACCCGGGGUGCAGUAGACAGGCCAACCGAGCAGUUCUAUGUCACCGGUCUCAACAAAACCUCCACCUACUACGGAAUCAUGGCUCGUGAGGGCAAUUCCACCAGUUGGGGCAAUGGAAUCGUGGGAGGUGGAGGUAAAGUAUGGCCACGCAUGAACUUUACAACCAAAACAGAUGACAACUGUGCUGUUGUAUACGACCUGCCAUUCUGCUCCGAAGUCGCCUACGCAGUGCCAUCCAACCCCUCCAUCAACAUGACCGAACUCCGCAGUAUCUACGACGACAACGCAGCAUCCCUAUACAAGAACUUCAACUACUCCCUCCAACAAGUCCAAUGCAAUACUUCCAGCGAGAGCAUGUUCUCCCUCGCUGUAUCCUGCCACACCUGCGCCGAAGCAUACAAGCAAUGGCUCUGCGCCGUGACAAUCCCCCGUUGCGCAGACUUCUCCAGCAACGCCACCUACCUUCAGAUCCGGAAUGCAGGCCAGCCCUUCCUCAACGGCACCUCGAUCACCAACUCCUCCCUCCUCAAAAGCCCCGCUACCAACAACUCACGCAACCCCCUCAUCGACAGCAAAAUCCGCCCCGGUCCAUACAAGGAAGUUCUCCCCUGCCAGGGCGUCUGUCAUAGCCUUGUCCGAAAUUGUCCUUCGAUUUUAGGCUUCAGCUGUCCGGAAGGCCCGCGAGCGAAUAUGUCGUACGGCACACGCGACCCUAAUGGUGACAUCACGUGCAGUUAUCUUGGAGCAGCGUAUUACCUUAAUGCUGUUUCCAGUUUGCAUGAGAGCAUCUGGAUCUCCCUUUAUAUGGUGAUAAGUGUUUGGACUUUGUUCUGGGUUCUUGGGUAG